UAUCCAUUAACUAGUUAGUUAACUAAUACAAUAACUGUAUAAACCAUCUAUACUAAAAUGACAGCUAUAUCAUCCAAAACAUUUCCUGCGUUUAAAACCCUCCAUCAAAAGCUUGUAAAUGAAUUAAAGGUAAUAGAACAUAAAUCAUCCGUUAUACACUUCAAUAAGAACUAUGAAAAACAGCUAACAUUAUUGAAUUAUAAGAAGAUAACCCAUAUUAAAGAACAAAAACCAGUGGACGAAAUAGUUCAACAAAUCAAAACUUUGGAGCUGACAAAGAUUAAUGGUAUUCCAGAACCAACAGAUUUGAAGGACACUAAAUUAUUAAGUACUUUGACUAAGCAUAUUGAACAAGAUAAUCAAGACAUCCAUCAUAAAUAUAAGUUAAAUAAUUUAGGUAAUGUCGUAACCUUUUUAUCAAGUCAACGAGAAUAUACUGAAUUAUUAGAAAGAUAUAACCCUGGUUUAACUAUGAGUCAAGAAGAUAAUGUUAGAAAAACUGCAAAGAGAGUUGGAUUAGAAGUACCAGAAUGAACUUUACUGGUCUACGAAGAUUUUAACGUAAUUAUACA